CCACGUCGAUUCUCUGCCCAGCGUCUUGCGAGCCAGCGAUCAUGAGCUGUCAUGGACACCGGGCUUCCUCUGCAGAUAGAGUCCUCGUGUGAUGUCGUAGACUCGACCGCGCAUAGGGACAGCAGCCGUCGACCGCCGAUAUCACCGCCGCUGGAACCGCCAAAUAUCCUCCGUCGCAAAGUGCGCAAAAAGUCGAUUCGCAACACAAAAGACAGCGCUGAAAUGGCUCGUCUCCGUUAUCACCGCGAGAAGAGCGAGCACCAGCAAUCGCAAUCACUGCCUCAUCUCUACCAAGGACAAAAGGUCGUCGAUCGACAUUUCAGCGUCGCCAACGUCGGGCAGAAUGGAACCAUGUACCUGAGGUGGGAACAUGCUCGUCCGGGUACAGCACAAGACAACAAACUCAUGCUGCCUAGACCAGUCGCUCGCCCUUAUCCCAGAGGCGUCCGCCCCCCUCCUACGCCUCCCGCCGAUUCUCAGCAACAACCUCCUCUUGGUCUGCACUGGCACGACGGACUACACCAGAGCGCCGCUCAGCUCUCUCUGCCCAAUCUGGAACCUGACUAUACCACACCCCGCCGAAGAUCUUCGUUUGACAGCGGCUAUAGUCGAAAGAGUAGACAUGAAACAGAUCAGGCCGCCCAUCUUCGCUCGCCCAGUCUUGACUCAAUCCCCAAACAAGCCCAAUCACAAUCACAACAAUCCAAAAAGCAGAUUUCCCCACCGCCUGGCGCCGCAGACUCUCUGUUUGCUCCCCUGUUGGAGGUCCCUAUACCGAAUUUCCGACUUGGUUCGCCGAGGUUCAGUGAUCGAGGGACUGCCUUCCUUCACAAUUCCUACCAUACCGCUUUCUCUAGUACUACCGACCUGCGGCAACUCUCGACCGAUCGUUUAGAUCGACUUAUGCCUCCUCCCUCCCAAGGCCACCAAAACUCCAUUGAUUUGCGCAGAUCUCCGAGCGUCUCUUGGUUCUCUCCUUCGAUAUCGCCAGCCGUGGAUCCCCACGGAGGUCGUCCGUUCCCAUCACCACUUGCUGCCCCUCCACGAGAGUUAGACCGGGACGAAAUACCUCAUACCCUUUACGACAAAGUGGCAGCAGAUCCGGACAACAACCACUUCGUCAGGUAUGCAGAAGGCACCGACGAAAUUGUCGCCGCAACUCCAGCUCGUCUGGUUGCCGAGAUUACCUCCCCCAAGUUCUUGAAUUACGACCUGCUGUCCGACUUCUUCUUGACCUAUAGAGCCUUUUUGUCACCAUCGGAUCUGGCUAGAUAUUUGGUCGCUAGAUUGCGAUGGGCUGUAUCGCAGAACCAUGAAUCUGGCCGUAUCGUACGCGUUCGAACUUUCGUCGCACUACGCCACUGGAUACUGAACUACUUUGCUCAAGAUUUCGAGCCAGAUCACGAGCUUCGGAAUCUCUUCUGCGAUCUCGUCAAUGGACUUGCUCUACAUCUCGUACAAAGGCCCCAAGGCGGCGAUGGAGACCUCCAAGUCUUGUCCGAGUUACAAAAGUGCUGGAAUCGUACAUGCGCUUUGGUCUGGGGCUCGACCAUCGCACCUCAGGCGUACAUGCCACUCCAGAUCGAGAGUGACGGCGAUUCGCUGCUUCCUGGCACCACUCGCAUGCGCACUUUGACAAACGAGUCCCACAUGCGUAAUUCGUCCUAUAUGGGCAACAAUGUAUCUACCGUGGCCCUGAGACGACCUGAGACAGUUUCACGUCUUAGUGAGGCAAGUAUUCAAGUCACGUCUUGCUCUUUUCCUAGGCUGAAGCGUUCCAAGCACGACUUGAAGAGCCAACCAGAGAAACCAAGCACGCGGUCACCAAGUAAGUCAAGAGGGUUCCAUCGUCACAAGAGAAGCGACAGCUUUUCAGAUGCACUGCGAGAUUCUCGCGUCGACCGGCCAACGUCUUCACAUCUCAUGACAGAUGUUCAAGUCCGACCGGGUAGAAUCAUUCGAGGUCUUGUCAUCCAACCGGGCUCAGCAGACGUUGCUGAUCCUAGUCCGCCAAGUCCGCCGUUCCUCAUGCGUCCCGAAGAUACCAGGCCUAGUAUCGCAGAGAAUCUCUUGCGCGCGCCUGACAACUCUGCUCAGCAUGCCCGUCUGAAUAUCUUUGGAAGUGUGCGACGAGCGCUGAGUACACGUAACACAGGCAAAUCUCCAUUCCAUCACAGACCAAAGACCGCUAGUUCAGGUGAAUUGCGGAAGAUUGGCAGUACUGAGCCUCAGCCAAGAGACAUGAUCAGACAAAUACAGGCUCGAAAGGCUCAGAACGUUCACACUGAUGCUCUAGCUGCAAUGGUUAUGCGCUCCUGGCAACAAAAAAGCAACGAGACGAUGCAUGAGAUGAACGAGCUUGGACCUGCCAUUCGUCCGCCUGUCACACGGAAUCGAUCCAAGACCAUAGACACUGAGAUCCCGGCACGUCCUGGGGCAGCCCGCCUCCUCAGCAACUUGACUACGAGUAGCCGAUCAAUCAUGAUCAUCGAUGAUACUGGAAUCGAUGAGUCCGAACGUACGCCAGAUUUGGAGCACACCAUUGCCGGCAUAGUACAAUCUCGGAACGACUACGAUCUGUCGCGACAGAAGACGCAGGAACACAAUCAAGCGGCUGUCCAGGAUGUUGCUAUCAACAAUACCGCGUUCCUAUUGCCUUACAAUAUGGUGGACUCCAACCAGAAUUCCUGGCCGGGUCCGAUCGAGUCAGCUACCUUACAUACUGCAUCAACAACCAUGGCCAUAAUGUCGUCUCCAUAUUCACCGCCACCAUCCAUGCCGCUUCCGGCUCUUCCCAAUGGCCCAGCUUCUACAGUAGAGCCCGACACUAUGGAAAGUGACUACAGACCGAGUCCUGACAGUGAAGUCACUACAUCCUUCGGGACUGGUCAUUUGUAUUCGCCCGAGGCGUCGAUGAACAACAGCCCUGCUCUUAGCUUCCGAAAAUCUUCGCCGAUAGACCCUACCGAUCUGCCUGGGCCUGCUAGACAGCUUCGGCGCAAACCUGGUGGUAAUCUUCGUGAUGUCGACACUGUCCAUGAUCUCGGCAUCACCCAUAGGCGACAGUCAACAGGUUCCGUAACGUCGCCAAUUUCCGUCUACGGCUCGCCAGUCUUGUCUGUUGUGUCUGGAAACGCGGACGACGCACAGAUUGACUCUCGUAUUGCAAGGCAUCCGCUCAGAGCUCAGGUAAGCGAUGGCGACAUAUACGAUGCCGCUAGAAGAAGUUCAUUGCGACUGCUGUCUACUCACUCUUCGCUGCGUCAUAUGCGACCAUCUAUGGAGGUUGAAGUCGCGAAGUUCAGGGAGAUGCCACUUGUCGAAGAUGACGGUGGUGUCGAAUCUGCUCUACUCAAGCUUGAAGGCAGGUAUGUCCCAAAUUCUUCGUCUGAUAAGACAGUGAAGUCUUUCAAUUUUGGUCAUGGCGAGGACGAGUUUCCAGGCCUGAUACGACAGCACAUUACCCGCCAGGAGAGUAUGGCGCUACAUGAAGGAAGCCUACAUACUUCGCCAAGUCAGCCUCUGGGAGAAAGUCCACUUCUUGGUGGCGAGACCAACAGAUUUGUUCACAAAAGACACGGCGCCGUCGAUGCUGCGGCGGAUAGUCAGUCGAAGGUGAUCACAUCCAAGAUAUCAGAGGCCGCAAAUUCGUCGAUUGCAAUUAAGGAUUUCGCCCAUCUCCUUUCGCCUAGCGAGUCUAAUCGACCUGUCACACCCGUCCAGGUCGAGAUCGAACGAGCCGAUACACCGAAUACGCCUGCCUCGACGUUCUUACUUGACGAUGGAGAAUCCCUUGUAGACCGGAAUUCGAUAAUUGCUAGGCAACAAGAAGCAAAGCCAUCAACCGACGCUGCACGUAGCUUCUUGUUCGAUGCGGAAGAUGGCGAUGCUAUUGAAGACUCCUUGGACCACUUUCAACCGCCUUCAGGGCACCACCCUCUCACCCCACCUACCACAGCGGAUGAUAUUUCCGACCAUGGGUUUGACCAAUUCAAUUCGCAACUUUUGCUACCUGGUCCGCCAACUGCAAAGCCCAAUAAAUCGUUCCGUCUUUCAGAACUGUUGCUCUCUGAUCAAUUUGCCAAGAGAGCGGAACACUCUGCACUCCCUCGCACACGCACACGCAAUCUGCCCACGCAUCACACGCCUUUCAUCUUUGCACACAGCUCCGAAGCUCUCGCCUUGCAGUUUACGAUAAUCGAGAAGGACGCACUAGACUCCGUCGACUGGAAAGAUUUGAUCAAUCUUAACUGGUCACAGAAGGUUUCCUCAGUGCGAGACUGGGCGCAGUACAUUCGUGCCUUUCCGACCACUGUUACAGACGUGAGCAGCAUUGAUUUGAUCAUCACGCGCUUCAAUCUUGUGAUCAAAUGGUGCAUCUCGUCAGUUCUUUUAUGCGGCACUUCCGACGAGCGAGCACAAUGCAUCACGAAGUUUAUCCACAUCGCGACACAUUCACAUCGCAGCCUUCGCAACUUUGCAACCACAGCUCAAAUCACCAUCGCUCUACUCUCAUCCGAUCUCUCACGACUCAGCACUACAUGGUCAAAAGUCGCGCAAGCCGAAAAAGAUGUCCUCAAGAAUCUCGAAACGCUUGUCAGCCCCAUGCGUAAUUUCGCCGUACUCCGUACCGAGAUGGAAAGCGCAGCAGCAGCUCUCAGCGACGAUGACGUUUCUGCGGGCAAAGGAGUGAUUCCAUUCCUCGGUGUGUACACUCGUGAUCUCGCACUCAAUGCCCAGAAGCCUGCAUUUAUCUCGCCAGCUGGAAGAGCCUCAUCGGACGAAUCACGCGAAAAGCUCGUCAACUUUGAGCGUCAUCGUACAACCGCAUCUAUCGUAAAGGGCGUCCUUCGUCUGCUCGACGCUAGCUCCAGAUACGCGAUCAAAGCCGAUGCUGAGAUCUUGGCCAAAUGCCUUUGGCUCGCAGCUCUCGCCGAUAACGAUAUCACUGAGCUUAGCAGAGGCCUCGAGAAAUGAUUGACGCCAUGUUAUACCACGAUCCUCACGGAAUAGAUCUAUCCGAGCUAAAUGGCUCUUGUAAUGUGUUUUUUUCUAUGUGCUAUUUUAUUCUAGAUACCCCACGUCAUAUUUUAUUCGUUCUUGCUCCA